CAUGGCGGUCGCAGGUCCUUCGGAGGGUUAGUUUGCCGAUAUUCGUCUUGAUGAUGGCGACCCAGAAACCCGGAGAAUGGGUGCAGUCUCUCAUAAACCGAUUUGAUGCACAGCUUCCUAUAAAAACUGGUCUACACUCAACGCAGUCCAUGCAAAAUGUAGAGCAGAAUAAGGAAUGUCUGAUAAACGUGAGCCGACACAAGUUCCGAGAGGUCAUCAACGGGCUGACCAAGACGCUCGGAUCAGUAUCCACCACACGCAUCCAUGGCCCGGAGGCGGAGCGGAAUUAUUACGAGUCUCAGCUCAUCAUCCUAGAUACACUAGAGAAAGUGCUCACGUCACAACCCAAAGACACAUCAAGACUGGAUGAAGCUAUCUAUGUGAAACUGUUACUACCUGAAAUCUGUAAGUUUCUCAACCAACAAAAUGAAAAUACCUUAAUUUCAAAUCUUAAGAUUUUGUCGUCAAAGGUCCUGUUUGCUUUAAGUCUUAACAACUUCACAGCCGUCUUCAACAGGAUAUCUGCCAAGUUAAUGACCCUGUCUGGUUGUAGCGAUGACCAGUCCGACCUCUCCGACCUUGAACUUAUCCAGCACAUCAAUGUGGACAUCCAUCGACUCAUCAAACUUAUUAUUGAGGUUGUGUCCAAGUUCAAAUUACUCAAGUCAAAGCAGGUCAUCUUGACUCUGGCCUCGAAUCUAGAGAAGGCAAUAUGGAACUGGAUGGAUAAUUACCCAGAGGAGUUCACGGAUCUGCAGAAAAAACCAAAUGAAGAUUUACAAGAUUGCUGUGAUAAACUGUUUGAGCAUUUCAAUACCUGUAUGGAGAGUUCAAAGAAGAAGGCAGCUGCCAACUGGCCACUACAGAUGAUGCUACUUGUACUCUGUCCUAAAAUUUUGGAAGAAAUAAACAAUGCUGAUGGUGGGGCUCCGUGCUCUCCCCAGCACGUGAAAAAGAAACAAUUCAUAGAUGAUGUAAAGAAAGCGAUAUCGCCUCACCAUGGCGGGAGUAAACAAUUGGCUGAGGGUGCGGCUGUGACUUGUGUGCGUCUGUGUAAGGCGUCUACCUACAUCAGUAUCAACGACCGACUCAACGUCCUCUUCUCCCUAGUACAGUCGGUCAUCAGUGACCUCAAGACGUUGCUGUUUAACCCACCUCCGAAUAGUAAGCCAUUCUCGCGCAGUCAGAGCAGCAUUGGCCUUGACCUCGAUCUAUAUAUAGAUUGCUUCGUAUCCUGUUUCCGUGUGACACCACAUAACAAUGACGUGCUGAAGGUGUGUCUGAACCCAUUGUCUCCUCCCGUCUAUCACUGUGUGCUGGUCAACGCUCUUCACCGCAUCAUCACACAGCCGCGCUUGCCCUGGUGGCCAAACAUCAACAUUAUCUACAGUAAGGCGGCUGAGCUGAGGAGUAUGUUUACCGACACACUCAACAAAGUCACCCAAGGAAUGGCCAGUCAUAACGCACCCAAAGGCACCACCCUCCCAUACGUACAUAACAUUACAAAACUGACCCUGUACAAGUUAAAUAAGCCGACAGAUGAAACUGUGACAACGUGUCGUUGUCUGUUGUUGUGGAUUGUCCGGCUGAUCCACGCAGAUCCUCACCUAAUGCUCCACGUAUGUACAGGGGGUCACAUGUCAACAGGGAAGAAUCAGGGUAAGCCGGGACACGAGAUACAGAGCAGUACACUAGAACUGAUGAACGGCCUCGUGUCACUGGUCCAUCAGCAAUGGAUGCCGGAUGUGUCCAAGGAGGCCAUGGAGGCCCUGCUUUGUCUCCACCAGCCUGAGAAUAUUGAACUCUGGAAUCCAGAGUCUCCUAUCAACACCUUCUGGGACGUCAGUUCCCAGGUGCUGUUUUCCAUAUCCCAAAAGCUAAUUCAGCGGCAGCUUAUUAACUACACCGAGAUCUUGAAGUGGCUGCGAGAAAUCCUCGUGUGUCGGAACAGCUUUCUUCAGAAAAAUAGUGCUAACGCUAGUGUCGGAAACAACAAAACUAUCUGUAUACAUAUCAAGUUAGAGGUUGUGUUCUUUAUGUACCUUUGGAGUAUCGACAUAGACGCAGUCCUCACGGGGAUGUCUUGUUUCCACCUACUGUGUGAAGAGGCUGACAUCAGGUGUGGGGCGGACGAAAUGGCUGUCACCCAGCUCCUGCCUAACUACAAUGUGUAUGCUGAGCUGGCCCAGGCCAGUACUGUACUCACUACUGGUAAGGUGGCAUUACAGAAGAGGAUCAUGGCUUUAUUGAGGAAGAUUGACCAGCACACGUCAGGAAAUUCCCAGGCCUGGGAUGACACGUUUAGGAACUGGGAGGUCGUGACCCAGUAUCUGGAGACCUAUCCCAAGGAUCCAAAGGUCAAAGUUGAAGAAGGCAGCACGGCAGGGCUGGGAGACACUAUCAAAAUGAAACGGAAACCCCCUCACCAUGCCAACACGGAACACGAACUAGAGGACCAGUUAAACGAAUGGGCCAACAUGACAGGCUUCCUGUGCGCCCUAGGUGGUGUUCGGUUACAGAACAGACUCAGGAUAAGUGCGACCAUACCAGCAGGCCUUGACUCGAGAAAGAGCAGUCUAAUGCAAAGCUGUGCUGCCGAUACCCAGUAUUGCCCUGUUACACAAUUCAUUAGUAACCUACUGAAGCUGCUGAUUUGUCAGAACGAGAAGUUUGGUGCUCAGAUACAGAAACACGUCAAGGACUUAGUGGGACACGAACUCAACCCAGCCCUCUACCCCAUACUGUUUGAUCAGAUCAAAAUAUGUGUGGACAAGUUCUUUGAUCCCUCCGGUCAGGUGAUAGUAACAGACCUAAACACACAGUUUAUAGAGAAUGUAAUAUUUAUAAUGAGGAACAUCCUAGAAAUGAAGCAGGACCAGCCGUGCGAACAUCUUGGAGUGACCAGCAUAGAAAAUCUCAUGUUGGCCGUUGUCAGAUAUGUACGGCACCUCGAUUCCACGGUUCACGCUAUCCAGAUUAAGAUCAAACUCUGUCAGCUAGUGGAGGCCAUGAUGGUUCGCCGUGACGACCUCACGUUCCGCCAGGAGAUGAAAUUCCGCAACAAACUGGUUGAGUAUCUCACAGACUGGAUCAUGGGUAAUUCCCAUCAGGUCAACAUCGGCGACAUCUGUAGUAUGUCCAGGAAACACGAAAAGAGUAUAUCGGUGCGAUCGUCGGGAAUACAGCGUUAUAUACACCCCACUCAGUCCUCCUCGUCGAGUCAGUGCUCCACUAAGGCACUGUCUGUGCCUAGUCCUACUCCACUAUUUCUCCAAACCCAGCCCGUCGUAGAUCUUGACCAGGCCAGUAUGGAAGCUGUAGCGGCCUUGCUGGCUGGACUGCCUCUCCAGCCGGAGGAGAGUGACCGUGGUGAUCUAAUGGAGGCUAAAUCUCAACUCUUUCUCAAGGAUCACUUUGAGGUGUUGUGUUCCAGAUACCUGACCUUGUUCAUGAAUCUGCUGAACGAUUGUUCAGAAGAGGAACAAGACACGGCCAUGGACCCCAACAGGAAGCGUAGUACGUCCAAUCUCAGUGCGCUCAGGAACUGCACUGUACAGGCCAUGUCGAACCUACUCAACGCCAACAUUGACAGUGGCUUAAUGCAUUCCAUAGCCCUGGGCUACCACAAGGACCCUCAGACCAGAGCAGCCUUCAUGGAGGUGCUCACAAAGAUCCUCCAACAAGGCACAGAGUUUGAGACUCUGGCUGAGACUGCCCUUGCUGACCGAUUUGAACGUCUAGUAGAGCUGGUCACCAUGAUCGGAGACAAAGGAGAACUGCCUAUCGCCAUGGCACUGGCCACAGUGGUACCCACACAACAAAUGGAUGAGUUAGCUCGCGUUUUUGUGAACCUGUUUGAUGCCAAGCACCUGUUGUAUCAACUACUGUGGAACAUGUUUUCUAAGGAGGUGGAGAUAGCCGAUUGCAUGCAGACGUUGUUCCGUGGAAACAGCCUCGCUAGUAAGAUCAUGGCGUACUGUUUUCGAUUCUAUGGUCAGAACUAUCUCCGGGAACUCCUCAACCCUCUUAUCAUGGAGAUGUUCCAACUAGAGCGCCAACAGAAGGUCUCGUACGAAAUUGACUCAGCAAGGUUGGAGAGUGGAGAAAGCAUAGAAGAUAACAAGAAGUACUUAAUGAACAUAACCCAGAAAGUGUUCAACGUGGUGGUCGGGUCCGCCCAGCAGUUUCCGACCAAGCUGCGGAGUAUGUGCCACUGUCUGCAUCAAGUUGUAACACAGCGUUUCCAGCAAAACAGUGCCGACGCUGUGUGGACAGUCAUCGGAACUGUCAUCUUCUUGCGCUUCAUCAACCCUGCCAUAGUUUCCCCGUAUGAAUCGGGGAUAAUUGAUGAGGAGCCGACGCCCAAGAUUAAACGUGGUCUUACACUUAUGUGUAAGAUCAUGCAAAACAUUGCCAACCACCUCCUAUUCACCAAAGAGAACCACAUGCGGACCUUCAACGACUUCCUGAAGACCAACUUUGAGGCGGGCAGAAGGUUUUUCACCGAGAUAGCGUCGGACUGUGACAUUCCCGACCAAGGGAACCACAGCCUCUCUUUCAUUAAUGAUGCCAAUGUUCUGGCCCUCCACCGUCUGCUCUGGAACAACCAGGAAAAGAUCGGAGACUACCUCUCUAGCAGCAGAGACCACAAGGCAGUGGGCAGACGGCCAUUUGACAAGAUGGCCACCUUGUUAGCGUAUCUGGGACCCCCAGAGCAUAGACCACUCGACUCUCAUGUUGGAAUAUUUGCCACCAGAUGGAGCAGUAUGGACAUGACAAGUACGAAAUUCGAAGAAAUCAUGUCAAAACACAACAUGCACGAAAAAGAUGAAUUCAAGUCGCUUAAAAAUCUACACAUAUUUUACCAGGCCGGGACAAGUAAAGCUGGCAACCCAGUAUUUUAUUAUAUAGCUAGAAGAUAUAAAGUGGGAGAGAUUAACGGAGACCUACUUAUAUAUCAUGUAUUACUGACGUUAAAACCAUUCUACAACAAGCCGUUUGAGCUGGUCAUAGACUUCACACACACCUGUGCGGAGAACCGUUUUAGAACCGAUUUCCUGUCCAAGUGGUUUGUGGUGAUGCCGGAGGUCGUGUACCAGAACAUUGUCGCCUGCUAUAUAUAUAACUGUAACUCGUGGGUGAGGGAGUAUACCAAGUACCACGACAGAAUACUCACUCCUCUCAAGGGAAAUAGAAAGUUGUUUUUUAUUGACCAUCCUGCACGGUUGAAUGAGUACAUUGACCCUGAUCAGCAGAAGUUACCUGGCUCAACAGUGUCGCUGGAGGAGGAUCUCAAAAUAUCAAAUAAUGCCCUCAAACUCUCCCACAAGGACACCAAGGUCACAAUCAAGGUGGGUCCAAAUGCCAUCCAGAUAACUUCAGCGGAGAAACUACGAGUGCUCGGACACCAGGUCUUGCUCAACGACGUCUACUACGCUUCAGAAAUAGAGGAGGUUUGCCUCGUGGAUGAUAACCAGUUCACCCUGACAAUAUCCAAUGAGAGUGGACCUCUGUCUUUUAUCCACAACGACUGUGAUAACAUUGUACAUGACAUCAUACAUAUCAGGACGAGAUGGGAGCUGUCACAGCCGGAUACUGUGACGGUCCAUACCAAGAUUCGGCCCAAGGAUGUGCCUGGUACCUUGCUCAAUGUGGCCCUGCUCAACUUGGGCAGCUCCGAUCCCAGUCUGCGGUCUGCUGCUUACAACUUGCUGUGUGCCCUCACUCAGACCUUUGACCUGAAGAUAGAAGGUCAGCUGCUGGAAACAACAGGUUUGUGUAUCCCCGCCAACAACACCAUCUUCAUCAAGUCCAUCAGUGAGACGUUGGCCGCUAAUGAGCCUCAUCUAACACUAGAGUUCCUGGAGGAGUGUAUCCAGGGCUUCGGAAACUCCAACAUAGAGAUGAAACAUUUGUGUCUAGAGUACAUCACUCCAUGGUUACCGAACCUCACCAGGUUCUGUAAGCAUUCAGAUGAAAACAAAAGGCAGAAAGUGGCUCUGAUUCUGGACAAACUCAUCACCAUGACGAUAGAGGAAGUUGAGAUGUAUCCCUCAAUACAAGCCAAGAUAUGGGGCAACAUCGGUCAAGUGGCUGACCUACUGGACAUGGUCUUAGACAGCUUCAUCAAGCGGAGUGUGACUGGAGGACUGGGCUCUAUACAGGCAGAAAUAAUGGCAGACACUGCUGUGGCCUUGACCUCUGCUAAUGUACAGCUUGUGUCACGGAAGGUCAUAGGUCGUUUGUGUAGAUUGAUAGACAAGACGUGCACCUCCCCAACACCAACACUAGAACAGCAUUUGAUGUGGGACGACAUAGCCAUCCUGGCCAGAUAUCUUCUCAUGUUGUCCUUCAACAAUUCACUGGAUGUUGCGAGUCACCUUCCAUUUCUGUUCCACAUUGUUACGUUACUGGUAUGUACCGGACCGCUGUCGCUGCGAGCAUCAACGCACGGACUCGUCAUCAACAUCAUCCAUUCCUUGUGCACAUGCUCUCAGCUCAGUUUCAGCGCCGAGUCCACACUGAAGGUCCUGAAGCUGAGUCUGGCCGAGUUCUCCCUACCUAAGUUUUACCAGCUGUUUGGGAUCAGCAAGGUGAAGUCUGCAGCCGUCAGUGCAUUUCGCACAAGCUACAGACCAGGCGAUCGCUCAUUCACAAUGGCUGCUCCAGAACACGAGAAAAUGUCUCUCAGCUCCUUGGAGACGAUAGUCGAUGCCUUACUAGAAAUUAUGGAGGCAUGUAUGAAGGACAUUCCUAACUGUGAUUGGCUACAACAGUGGACAGACCUGUCCAGAAGAUUUGCAUUCCAGUAUAAUCCCGCCCUCCAGCCCAGGGCUAUCAUUGUGUUUGGUUGUAUCAGUAAGACUGUGACCGACUCCGAGAUCAAACAGCUCCUCAAGAUUAUGAUGAAGGCUCUGGAGUCGUUUAACGACUUGACGUUGAUCGAGGCCAUUGUGAUGUGUCUGACCAGACUUCAGCCUCUACUUAGAUCUGAUUCCUCUAUCCACAAGUUCCUGUUUUGGACGGCCAUCUCUGUCCUCCAGUUAGACGAGGUUUCUCUGUAUGCUGCUGGACUGGCCCUGCUGGAACAGAACCUCCACACGCUCGACAUCAUGGGCUUGUUUGACCGAGAGACAUUGGAGGUGAUUAUGAUGGAGACGAGAGAACCACUCGAGUGGGACUUCAAACAGUUGGACCAUGCCAUGGGGCUCAGCUUCAAGGAUAACUUUAACUUCGCCCUAGUUGGACACCUAUUGAAAGGAUUCCGCCAUCCGACACCCACCACUGUUUCCAGGACGAUACGGGUCCUCAACCAGCUUCUCUCAAUCACCGUCAAGUCUACAAACAGGGACAAAUUUGAGGUGACCCCUCAGACAGUUCCUUAUCUGGCAGCUCUGGUGUUUGUGUCGGAGGAAGUGAGAAGUAGGUGUCACCUGAAACACCGUACUAGCCAGUACAUGAUGACAGAGUCGCCCUCUAGUGACAGCCUCAGUGCCGAGCUCGCCCAACAGACGACACCAGGGAGCAGCAGCAGUUCUGGAAGCUCCGCCAUGGGAGCCCCGCCCCCGGCUCUCCCCCCGACCACACCCUCCACCCAGGUGGUGCCGGCCCCACCCUGCCACCCACCCACCACCGUAUGUAACACCCCACCAGUCAACACCCCCAUCACUCGCAGGCAGAAAAGCUGCGACCUCCUCGACCAGAACGCCAUGAACAACGCAUGUCGUACCUCCAAAGUCACACACCUACAACAAGCACAGCAGGCGAACAGUCCGAAGGGCUGGCGGAGUCUGGACAUUGAACCACAGCGACCACCUCUCUACAAAACAAGGAGCAGCUCUAUGCCAAUUCCAGGCUCAAAGAAGGAAGCAGGCAAAUCAGGCAUGACUCAACCUCGGAGUGGGCGUGGCUCCGUCUCCAACGAAAAUAAUGUGCUGCUCGACUCCGAGGUUUUGACCGACUACCCAACACAAGUUUUAGUUCUAACUGUGCUGGCCACCCUUGUCAGAAACACCACAGACGAGAACGAGGCAAGAAUUAUCUACGAGUAUUUAGCCGAGGCCUCCGUGGUUUUCCCCAAGGUGUUCCCCGUCAUCCACAGUCUAUUGGAUGCCAAGAUCAACAAUGUGCUGUUACUGUGUCAUGACCAGGCAAUCCUCAACGCUGUUCAGAGUAUUAUACAGAAUAUGAUAGCCGCCGAGGACGCCUCGCAACAGCAACUGUCAUACCUACAAAGUAUUGGAUUUGGAGGCCUCUGGAGAUUUGCUGGUACGUUUGCAAAGUGUGCCCAAAGUAACGACACCGCAGAGCUACUAGUCAACUGUCUAGAGGCCAUGAUGGUUGAGAACUGUCUCCCUGGUGAUGACCUCGACAUCCUUAACCCCUACCCCAGCUCCUUAGGGAUCUCCUCCAACCUCAACCUGUCCAGUUCCAUGUCCAGCCUCAGUGUCAGCAGCAUGCAUUCCCCCACUGACAAGGACACUGUCGAGAAAAACGGUACCGCGCCCAGCAAUCGCAUGCGACACGGGUCUGCCAAUAACAUCCAAACCAAGAACCGAGCAGGAAGCUUUAAACGCAAAGACAGCAAAAAGAAACUGGAACCCAUCGAAUGAGGAAUGUUUCUUGAUUAGAGUGUAAAUUAUUUAUCUUGUAUUUUGAGUACCAAAGCUACUGUCUCGCGCAAAUUUUUGAAGAAGAAAAAAGGUCAAACUUUUAACAUGUAUACUGAUGUGAGCCUUCAGCGACCACAGGAAAUACCAGAUAUUGUGAAUUGCCAUAAAUAUUGUAAAAUUAUCAGUUAAUAGAGACUGUUUAUUUUACUACAUUGUGAUGUAGUUGCCAUUGGUGGUUACGAAAUAUGUAACUGUAGGAACAGAUAGUUGGACAUUUUGUGGCCAUGGCAACAGUUGUUUUCAUAUAUGUUGCCAUGGUUACAGAGUGUUAGUGUUGGCAACAGAUAGUUGAACAUUUUGUAGCAAUGGCAACAGUUGUUUUCAUAUAUGUUACCAUGGUAACAGAUGACUGUGUAAUCUUAAUGAGUCAUACAUAUUGAGGCUAAAAAUGUAUAUUCAAGACUUUGAAUAACUUGUGUACAUGAUAAAUUAUUUAACCCAUUCACCCCUGAAAUUUUAUAAUGAACUAUUCCAACCUUUGAUUUGGAAGAGUUAAAAUGUGUCUUCAGAGGUGAAUGAGUUAAUUAGAACACACUAUAUUUGCCUAGCUGUAUAUCUAGUCAACCAUACCAAACGAGAGACGAAUGAAAACAGUCUGUGUUUCUUUUUCCUCAUUAAGUGCUGUUUACAUAGAGAAACACUGUGUUCUGUGUGUGUUGUGACAAACAAUCUCUGUUGUCAAGGCCCCUCUUGUAUCAUACAUCUCUAGAUGAAUCUUGAGUUUUCCUCAACUUUUGAGAUUUUCCAUUGAAUUAAGGUGUAGGGUACCAAUGUGUUAUAAUCACAAAGAAGAGCCCCAAUUCAGAACUGUUUUUUUUUUUUAUUUAUAUUUACUCGGAGGAUUUUCCCGUACAUUUUGAAGAUAGACAACUGAACAUUUUUUUCUGAUUUGAGAGUUACUUCCCCUUUCUAUGUAUUCAUCUUUCAUUUUGAUUCUGUGAUGUACUCUUUGCCUUAAUAUCAUGUGAAAUUUUCAUCAACAUUGAGAUGUGUCAUGUAAGUGGGGCCAGGAUUAUGUAGGGUUUAUUUUAUCAUUCAAUUUUGAAUUAAAUAUCUCAAUAAUUGAAAGUUUAUUAAAAGUAUAUUAAUAUGACAAGUUCAAAAACAACCAAAUGUAUGUUUUAAAGUUAGUGUUUUAUAAAAGUUCUUUAAAAGGACCUUUGAAUGAUCAUACUUUAUUUUUUGUUAUAAGUGCUUUUAAAUCUUUUUUUU